AUGAGUGCCACAUACGCCGUUUCCUUUCCCGUCAUCAUCCGAAGUGUCUUUGGCAUGUAUGGCUCAUUCCCGGCAAUCUGUAUUCGAGCUUUCGUUGCCAUGAUGUGGGCUGCUAUUCUCACAGUUCAGGCCAGUAAUUUUUUGCAACGUUGCCUUGAGGCGAUUUGGCCAAGAUUUAUCACCUUCCCGAAUCAUCUACCUGAGAGCACUGGUAUAGACUCGGCCGGUUUGCUUUGCUUGUUUCUAUACUGGUUCCUCCAGACCGCGCUCGCCCUCAUGCCAAUCUCCAAACUGCGCAUCCUCUUUUGGAUUAAGGGUAUUGUCGUGCCACCCACUGGUGGUCCGCUCAUUAAAGGAAAGGUGGAGAUUACUUCAACUUACAUGAACACUGCCUACUCAGCCCUUACCGGUCUCAACGCUGUCGUCGGACUUUUCUCCUCUUUAGCCGUCAACAUGCCUGAUUUUGGCAGGUUCUCGAAGAACCAGCUCGCUGGCUACCAUCAAUUCCUGGCCCUCCCCAUCAUUGGAACGUUGGGAGCGCUGACACCAAUCUUUGUCACCGAUGCUCAUUCCUACAUAUGGGGCGAGUUCGAAUGGUAUAUGCCAACUGUUAUUGCCAAGUUUGACUCGCGAGCUGCAAAAUUCUUUGUAUCCGCCAGCUUCCUUCUUGCAACGAUCGGCAAUCAGAUCGCAGCGGACACGUAUCCAUUUGCAAACGAUGUUGCUGGUAUGCUACCAAAGUACAUCAAUAUCUUCAGGGCUACUAUCAUCAUUUCUGUCUUUUGCAUCGUAUCCACACCGUGGAACAUCAUUAAAAAUGCAUCAGGCUUGCUUUCAUUCUUGAGCGGCUACUCAUGUCUCAUGGGUCCUCUUGCAGGUACCAUGGUCAGCGACUUUUACCUUGUCAAAAAGGGCAAACUCGAUGUGGAUCAACUAUACACCGAUCGCGGCAUCUACUGGUACAAUGGUGGUUGGAACUGGAGAGCAUAUGUGUCUUUCGUUGUAGGGUUUGCUCCUCUACUGCCUGGUUUUGCUAAGAGUAUCGAUAAUGCUCUCAUAACAUGA